GCUGAAGCAAUGGGAGCCUUUGGAGUGAUAAUAGGGAUUUUACAGUACGCGGGACUUUACAUUCAACUUAACGCAGCUCUCAACGUCGGACACAGUGAGGUGGACAAUCACAUCUCUGGAAAUGCUCUCUUUACAGAGGUGCCGCACGACAUCACGACGCACAGUGGUGAGGAUAUAGAGAUGGCUUGCUCCUUCCGCGGGGCGGGCUCUCCCUCCUACUCUCUGGAGAUCCAGUGGUGGUACAUCAAGGACCACAGAGACUGGCAAGAGAAGCCUGCACAGAUCACUAAUAAUGUUGUGCCCCUGGAGAAGACGUCCAAAGAUGCCACUAAAAUUAGUGUGGUGAAAGUGGCCGGCAGCAACAUCUCCCACAAGCUCCGCCUGUCCAGCGUCAAGCCGUCAGACGAGGGCACGUACGAGUGUCGUGUCAUUGACUUCAGCGGCACAGUGGCGCAGCACCACCGUGUUCGGGCCUACCUCCAGGUAGAGCCUGAGCGGAGACAGGGGUCGGAUGACGUUCAGCUGCAGGAACCAAGGCACCGGUCGCAGGGGAACACAGUCCACCCACACCCUCACCACCAGACAGAGGGCAGGGAACUGAAGAGGAGAUCAGCUGACAGCACCACUGACUGCAAUGAGAGCUGUGUGCUUUAGAGUGUCAUCAACACAUACACACACACGUCACCACAGGGUUGAGGCGUCAGUCGUUAAAUGGACCCUUUGUGUUUUCUUUGUCUUAUCUUUAAUAUUGUUGUUUGGAUGCCAAUGUUGUUGAAUGCCAAUAAAGGGCAGCAUUUUUUUGACAGUACAUAUGUUCUUUUUGUUGCUUUGUUAUUUGUGUCUGUGCUUUUUCCUAUUGCAUUCAGUUGAUGUUUAAGUGACAGUAAGGCUGUAAAAACAAAGGAAAAACUUUUAUGUUGUCUGAGCAGGACUCCUUCAUUGGCCAAGCAUCCAGAACAUUUCCUUACAGAUAAAUUUCUCUGACACAGAACAGACCCUGUCCUUUGGAAAUGGCUCAUUUCUACUCUUCUACUAAGCACAUGCCAAAAGCUGCAGUAUUUCAAUAUAAAUGCUCUCUAAAGAAUAAAGAAUAAAAUAUGCAUCUUUCAUUUAUCAAUUUUUUUUAAUUAUUUAUGCAAUCUUUGUUUUAACACUUUGAAGGGAAACUCUGUAUUUAGCGUUCUAAAUCACAACUAGAAUAUUUGUCAAAAUACAAAUGUAUGCCUUCAUCACGUCAAGAUGAUACUGUAUGUAAAUUAUUGUCUAUAUUCAAUCCUGGCACUGUAAACUUUUACUGUUAUGACUGAAUUAAAGUUUAUUCUGUGCUACGUAACCAAAUGACUCAAGAAGCACAGCUCGUAUGUUAAUCACUCAUUCUCUCAGCUGCAAUAUAAAUAUAACUUUUUGUUUGUCAUUGCUGCAUCACAUUCUCCUCCUGACUGUGUUUGUUUGAAGUGCUGCUGUUUGAUAUCUGUUCUGUUAAAUACAUUCAUUUGAAAUGA